CGUACAUAGCUACGGGAAACAGACAGACAGACAGACAGACAGCAUUGCCCGUAGAUUCAACUCUUCACAAUGGACAAGAACCCGCUCAGAGUGCAGUCCGCGCCGGCCGGCAAGUCGCCCAAGCCCACGCCGCUGGUGUUGAUCCACGACGGAGGCGGCACGACCUUUGGUUACUUUAGCCUGGGGAAGCUGCAUCGCGAUGUGUGGGCCAUCCAUAACCCGCGGUUCUUUACGGCUGCGCCAUGGGAGGGCGGCAUGGAUGAGAUGGCUCGUCAUUACAUCGAGCUGAUUGAGUCUAUCGAUCUCUCGGGGCCUAUCCUGCUGGGCGGCUGGUCCCUCGGCGGCUACCUCUCCAUCGUCAUGGCACGCAUCCUGGCCGACACACCCUCGCCCAAGUUUACCGUCGCGGGCAUGCUGAUGAUCGACUCGCCCUACCACGUCGCCAUGAACCGGUUCCCCGGCGCCGGCGCCGACCCGGACUUCAGCAAGCUGCCGGAACUGGUGCGCAAGUCGCUCGCCAACUGCGACCAGCUCCUGCAGAACUGGGAGCUCCCGCCGUGGGACGGCCCCGCGCUGGGCGGCCGCGCCGUCACCCUGCGCGUGGGCGGCGAGACGCACCGCGUUGAGGACGGCGGCAUCCUGUACAAGUCGCUGACCGAGGGGUGGCGGAACGUCGAGGUGCAGCGGUUUCACCAGGACGCCGGCGAGUCGGCGACCGCGGGGGAUGGGCCGCCGCCGACCGUCCUGGUGCGGUGCGUCGGGUACGCGAAGACAAAGACGCCGUCGGACAAGGCGUGCUUUGUCGACUUGUACCGCGACGAGCGGUUCCUGGGCUGGGAGGGCGCGUAUCCGAGCUUCAUCAAGGCCAGCAUGGAUACCGACACGAAUCAUUAUGGCGUUUUUGACUUUAAGCACGUUUCUAAACUCACGGUCCAGCUGAAUGAGGGCCUGAGCAUUCUGGAGACUUUAAAGGAUUCCUGAACGGGUAGACGUUUUGUGUAUUACAUGUUGGAUAUGGCGGACCGUAAGCUAGACUAUAGAGCUAUUUGAUGGUGUAGCAGUGGCAUGCUUUUUCGUUAUUGGGGGAUUUGUUUGCGUCAGGUUGCUUGAGUUUUGGGAUGACCCGGAAGGCAGGAUUUUUCAUGCAAGUUGUUAGGUACCUACCCAACUAGAUUAAAUUUACU